UUACGAGGGUUUACGUACACGCUCACUGUCUUGUUCCCACACCUCAACAUUUGCUAACCCCCACUCGGCCACAUAGACGUAUGCUGUUUCGCCUUUCCGCUCCUCCUUGCGACACGGUGAACAACAACCUAAACCCCCCCUAACACCUCCAACGCCGGCGCAUUGCCCCCCGACCUCAUCCCGCAUCAGUGACCAGCCGCCCGCAUCAAUGACCAGCCACCCGCAUUCCCACUGACUCGCAAUCCCCACCCCCCCUCCCCCCCGCACGUUUUCACCGCCUCCAACACUGAGAGCCCUAACGGUUCUUCCUUCCCUUCCCCUGCCCCACGGCGUGCCACAACUAGGUGCCCACCCCUCCCACCUAUCAGCUGUCUGUUUGUCGUUGUCUGUCCUGUCGCGCCAGCCGACCUAGUCUGCCGACUUCCCUUUCCCUCUGUUCAUUUCGUCUGACGACGGGUCGGUGUCACCGACUUGAAAAUUUACGAGUACAACUCAAUAUUCCGAAGAGCCUUCACUUUCUCAUAUAUAUAUAUAUCAUAAUUAAUAUUCCCGAUCACAACCGACAGGACAACGGGCCCGUGGCUCAAUGGUAGAGCGUCAAACUCCAUGACCAAAGAUCCCGGGUUCGAAUCUCAAGUGAUCCACACUUGGGGUUGGGUUUGGCUGGCUGAUGACGGCUAAUAAGCCAGAAAUGGCCAUUCCGGUCUCCCUUGUCUUUGUCGGCUCCAUCUCAUAUAUAUAUGUAUAUGUAUAUAUGUAUAUAUAUAUAUAUAUGAAGUGAGUAAUUUCUGAAAUUGCUCAGUGCAGGACUUGAAGUUAAAUCUCCGGGACAUGACUUUUUUGGAUCAGAACCGAAAUUUUAAUGAACAUUCGAGUCGAACACAAUCAACUACUGCUGAAUAACCACGUAAUGCCCAUUCUACAAACAAGUAGUAAUACAAGAGUAUGAAAUCCGUAUGAUAAAGGUAUUAUACCGUAAUCCCGACAUAGAUACUUGCUAAAAGCUCCGACACGUGUUUCGCCGAUACUCUGCCGCUGCGUGGCACAGCUGCGAGGGGUUCGGCUCUUCAAUGGGACCCCCAGAGUUCUCUAUGCGGUUUCUGGUAUAUGAACUCCAGAGAAUAAUCAAGUGAAUAAUUUCAGAAAUUACUCAGUGCAGGACUUGGAGUUAAAUCACCGGGACAUGACUUUUUAGCGUCAGGACCGAAAUUUCAAUGUUUAUGGAGUUCAUAUACCAGAAACCUCAUAGAGGACGCUGAGGGUCCUACUGAAGAGCCGAACCCCUCGCAGCUGUGUCACGCAGCGGCAGAAUAUCGGCGAAACACGUGUUGGAGCUUUUAGCAAGUAUCUAUGUCGGGAGUACGGUAUAAUGCCUUUACCAUAUGGAUAUAUAUAUUUCACUUUUGUAUAUAAGAAGAAGAUGAUCUCCAAUUUAUAAUGAAUCGUCCUCUUCGGACUAUGUUGCCAAUUUAGCCAUUUAUUUUAUUGCUGGCUUGUGUCGUCUGUGGGGGGAUCUCAAACUAAAUAUGACUACGGCCACGCCACUAAUACGUGACAGGCCUUACAAAUCCUGAUGUUAUACGUAAGUAUGUUAACUAUCAGAAGAUGAAGAUGCGAUCACUGGGACAAGAAGUUUAUUUGCCUGACGUUUCGGAUUCUCACUCGAACCCAUCAUCAGAGACAUUCGCAGAUAGAGGUGUUAACUAUCGUAGGCGGGGCGUUCACCAAUCGGGUUGCGGAACACGGUUGUGCCGUUGCGCCCCGGCAGGAAGGAGUGCGGACAACCGCUGUGGACAUUUCCGGCUCAUUGGCCGUUACCAGCCAACCUUACCCAACCCAAAGUUGGCGAGACUUGGAGUUCGAACUCGAGAUCUUCGGUGAUGGGGCGUUAAUUCCAACGUCCUCUACCAGUGCAUCUCUCUAAAAUUCAUGUCACUAAGGCGUAAAACCACUUGCUAACUUCAUAGCCAACUUGUCCAUCUCGCAUCUAUCCACGAAUUUACGAUUUAUUGGUGCCUUAACACUGUAUUGGGCGGUUGCUUGGAGCGUUAUAAGUAGUUUGCACCUCGAAUGUGUUCGAAGAAGGACCCAUGAAUUGCUGCCGGUAUGACAGCUUAAGGUUGUGCUGCCGCAUGUUUCAGGGGGCGAUUGCGUUGUCGGCGAACUUUUCUGCAUAAAUGGCUGUCUGCCGCGUCCCAGCUGGCAGAAAGCCAGCCAAGGCGGGCGUGUAUGUGGAUAAGCUGGAAAAGAAAGACAGUCGCUUUGGGUUUCGUUGUCAUAGUAGAUGGCAAAGCACUUAGGCUGGCCGAUAUGAUCUGCCAGUUUGCAUUCAAAAGCCAUAUAAUCCCAUUAAAAAUGUCGCUUUUCCAGUUUACGGGACAGGAAUUUAGGAACUCGCACGAGAAAAUCAGUCGAAAAAGAAGUAGAUUACACGCACUUAUGUCCUGCACUUGCGAGGUAGUAGCGUAAGUGCUGUCGGCGGUCGUGACCGCUGGCCGCUUGGCCAGUUUCCGUCAUCUUAGACUUUCUCAGUCUCGGUUAGGGCCUUUCACGUCACUAAACUCAUCUGGCUAUCCUGCGCUCUCUGGCUUGCCCAUGCAGGUUGACUUUGGGUUCGCCAGCCCUGAAAUUGGCCUUCGGGUAGAAGCCCAGCCCUCAAUUCAGCGAUGACAAUGAGAAUUUGACUCAGGUUAGCAAACGUAAGAGGAGAUCCGAGUAGAUAAUCUGAGAAAUGUGAAGGAUUCACUGGGUCAGUGGAGAAUUAAGUGACUGACAUUUUAGAGGCCUUAGUCGGUUCUCCAUUAUAAAAGCGCUUUGAAUAAACGGCCGAAUUCGUUGGCCUUGGGCCGAUCUAUUUUUUUCUUUUUUCGCUGCCUUGGCCUUCUGGUCGUUGUCUGUGAAUGUAGGCAGCCUUCUGCAUUGCGUGUCGUCACCUCAACGGGGGUCUGUUGCACCUGUGCUCCUCAUUUGGGUGAAUUAGUCGACGAGCCGUGUUCGCCUGGUAUUUUUAGACUCCAUGUGACCCUCUGGUCCUGGUCGUGGCGUAUGUAGUGACGCAGGACUUCAUAGGCCGCAGGAAGGUCUAGAUGCCUGCUGAUGAAAUUUGCAUCUGAGUACCAAGCCUCAAGUGUGAGACUUCCUGUUCUUGAGGUGCCUCGGCUAAGGACGGUUGCUCCUUGAAAGUCAAAACUGUGGCCGGCUUUUCCGAUGUGAGUCGCAAGCUGUGAGUUCGGGUCCGGUCUCGGAGUUGCCAGUUUGUGCUCGUGUAGACGGGUCUGCAAUUUCCGUCCGGUUUCCCCAACAUAGUUGCAGUCUCCAUCGUUACAACUUAUUUGAUAGACAACUGCUGAGGUUCCAGUGGGUGGCAGCGUGAUUUUGGGUCGAAUCAAACGGCGCCGAAGAACAAUGACUACUCUGGCGGGAGACUGCGAUGAGUAAAUGUAAGGUCACUUUCACACGAUAAUACCGUGUGAAACCUCGAGUGGUUUGUCAUCGGAACUGUAAUUCAAAAUUAAAGAUCCAAGAUAAUCGUCAAACUUUUCUGCCAUAACCACCGACGGUUAGGUAAAAAAAAAUAGGUGCGCCAUGUCGUACUGGUGGGCGGACAAGUCCUAACAAUCAACUUAAAGAGUCAGUUAUUACAUAAAAAACGGAGUAGUUAUAAGUCAGACGCCUAGCUCCAGCAAGUUUGCUGACUUCGUAAGAAGCCAACCUCCUGAUUUUUUUUUCGCACCGUUGUACCUUUUCUAUUUCUCCUCUUUAGUCGGUGAAACCGCGACCGAUAGCUUUCCUGUUCUACGCACACCUUCCGGACUCCACCAGAGGCAUGCUGCAGUCCUUCACUCACGGCAAUGAACUAAAACGCCUCCGUGGUAGGUCUCCAAUUUCAUCAACCCCCCCCCCCACCCUAUCCUCCUCUGAAGUCACCGAUCGUAUCUGCCUUGGCUAUCUCUCUGUAAGUCCCCUGUCUUCACCAAAAACUGAAUGCGUCAUUCGUUUCACGACAAAAGGUGGAUUACUGUAACCAUUACGUUACCAUUACGGUAACCAUUUACGUCACCUUUGAAGUUGCUGUCACCCGAUAUGGUGCGACAUCUCAGCCCCGCUGAGAUUUUUGAACGUGACUUCUUCUGCUUCGCGGAGGCUGCAUUAAACCGAAGUAGCGACCUAUUCGUGAGGAACUGAAUGAACCGGGUGGGGUGAUCACAUCCAGCGCAACUGACUGAGUGUUAGUUAUAAUGUGUCAGACUGCUACAACAAUGGUACAACUUUGUUUAGACGUCUGGAUACAGGCGUAUGCGUAGCAACUGACCUGCUAUGAUGUCACAGUCUACACGUGCCACGGGCGCGCCGCCUUAUCAGACUCAGACUGACUGAAUUUAAAUCGCUCCGUAAGUUCAGAUUGACGAGGAGUCAUUGCAACCUGGCAUUCAGUCAGGCAGCCCAACCUAUUCUGCCAGUUUGAAGCCCUCCAACUCUUAAGACUCCGUAAUAAGGCUUUGGAUUUUUUAUAAUGACAUAAGGUCCAGCAGGAUUAUGCUCAUUCUCAUGCGGGUGAGGUCGAAUGAAGUGAUUAACCAGAUACUUCUACCCGCCAUCUCGUUUGUCACCGACACGUUUUGGCGACCGUUGAGGUCUUGGGAUGCUGAUGUCGCCUGCGUGGGGGGAGGGGCUCUCAUCGUGGGUAUGCGGUCAAGAAUGACUCACAUUCCCUCAGAUGCGUUGCCAAGUCAGGUCCUGUGAUCAGCGUGCUACAUGCCCGAGUUACGGGUGCGUCUCCAGAUCUGGAUGUGUCGAUAGUGUUGGAGGUACGGGGACGCAAAUUUCGUCUGUGACAUGCCAGAAAAAUAGGACGUAACAGUGGUCCCUCGCAAUUGACGAAGACCAUCAUUACCUGGGCGAGCAAUGGGGAUUUACGCGUAAAUUGGCCUACUGGGAGGGGGCUUGCGCAGCGUCUAUCCCACACUAUCUCUACCCGCAUCUAUCAUGUUCCAUAAGUGAAAGUCAAGACGUGAGUGCAGUGGUUGAACCCACAUCUACGCGUACAGCGCAUGUGCUACACACACCAACCAGCUUUCCAAUGUGUCGAACCCCUCUUUAAGGGGUUGCCAUAGACCAAAUUAAGAAGGGACCAUUGUAGCCCCCCCCCCCCUCGGCCUGUUAGGGGAUCCGCUUAUAUUGUCAGUUGGUAGCCUUCCAAACCGCGAUUUCAGGGGCGUGGGGACAAUUGAAGGCCCUUCAGACUUAUUGUUAGUGUGUAGUGUCUUGAUUGCCAUAGGGGAAGUGCCUCAGUCCCACACGCCUAAAGGGCCCUUCAAAGGCAGAUUUCUGUCAACCUUAUGAAACCCUGCAGAAAGAUCGAAAAGGCCGUGGUUUUACCCCCCCCCCCCCGGCCUGGUUUGCACAACUGUUAAGUCAGAGAACAGUUUGGUCUAACCUUUUUACUAAGCUCAACGUUGCCGCCGGUAAGGGCAUUCAAUUAGGUCGUGCCAUUCCUACAGUGCGUGACCUAUCUCAUGAAAUGUUGGCUGAAAUUCUGAAAGGCGUUGUCAAUUAAAAAGGAUUACUUGGUCGCGGUUGUGAUACUGAUUAUCUUAAGGCAUACUCUUAUAACAUUUUGGACACGGCAGGAUGUCGGCUUUUAAAUGCACUUCUUUUCAAUCUCCUUUAGAAAGCGUGUUCGGUAAAAAAUAACUACUUAAUUAGCAUGCGUUUUUCCCAUUGAUUUUCGAUGGUCUUGGAAAUUCAAAUAUAUUUUAUAGAAACCACAAACAAAAAUAUGCUUUCUUUUAGUCAUUCAAUAGAGAAUCACUUCUUCUUUAUAUUGUAUACUUAAGGAAGGAGUAUAAUUAGGUUUUAAAAAAGUUUGACUGGAUCGCCUUUUACCGGAUGUAGGAGUCGGGGAAGAAGAACUCACGCUCCAUUUCUGACACCGCUUCGCCACACCGUUGUUGUUCUUCUUAGACUCCUCACCGCCUCCGCACUGCGUUGAUUUGGUCUGCGCCUAAUACAACUCUUGUCUAUUUUCUCAGAGGCGGCGUUUCAGCACAACUUGGGUACAGACUCAGUCGGAUAUUUUUCUUGGUUGUGCCCGAACAAGCAGUAAGCUGGAGGUCUUUUUUGACCAGGACAGAUAGUGCGCGUCUGAUUCUGACAUUUCACCAAAUCGGCGAACUCCAACACCAUCUCCAUAAUAACCCUAGACGUUUCGGCAAUGUCCACACCAAAUCUCCGGUGUUUUUUGCGUUAAACCUCUCGACACAUGGUGUUUCGGAGAACACAGUGGAUCCACUUUUGAUUUCAAUCCUGCUUUGUGGUGUACCUUUGGGGAGGGACUUGUGGCGUAGACAGGAUCCGAGCCUAAUGUGAGUGCCGUAGAUUUUGACCUCUGCUUCUGCCCGUCCACAGAGCCGAACCGAAUUCAGGCACGGGGUGAUUUUAGGCAACUGCUCUGCCCUCCUGCGUGUCCGUUGCACCUAACGAGCCAGUGGCUACGUUUGCCACGACAGCGGACGACAGAAUGCUGCGUCGUUUUUACCUGUGCACGCAUUCCGACCCAGCGGGCCAUGACAUCUUAAAAGCGACUACGAAUUGCACGCAUUCCUGCACCGAGACAGUUGGCGGAUAUGCAGAAAGUCGCGCCCCAAGUCUUUCGUUGGAUUUUUUAGCCAAAUCACUGCGGUGGAUGGAGGGCGGGCUGAGGCCGGACCGCUUGAAGUCUUAUGUACAUACCUGUCACAGACGUGUGCCAUGGGAUUCUGCAUGUUCUCCUUCUGAUAGACCGGUCAUGCGUCGAAUGUGUGUGUGUGUGCCCCUAAAACGGGCCAGGCGGGAGAUGCGCCGGACCAACACAGCGACUGGAUCGGAAUCCGGCGGGGCGUUAUCUAGGCUGCACACGCGUAACAAAUGCCAACACGGCUCACGCCGUUCCGAUUGGGAUCGGUGCCGGAUCGGUGUAUAAAACCCUGGUCAGUGUCUGGUAUGGACCAGCGGGCGUGGUGGUUCACCUAGGUGCGGGUUCUGGCGUGGUCGGUGUGUUAACCUAUAAACCAUCUGCGUCAUUGUAGCAGUGCCAUUGUUAGUUCACGGUCGCUUAGUUACCAGGCCACGGAGCCUGUCUGCUUACAGUAGGUGUGUCAACUCAUAAAAUGUUAACUGAAAUGCGUUUUCGUUUCCAAAAGACUACAUAAGUAGGGCUUUAAAAUUAAUAAUCGUGCAGUAUAAUUCUAUAAUAAAUCAGUUGUCUCGAGAUGUCGGCUUUCGAGCGGACUUCUUUCCGGCCACAUGCAAAAACCACACUCUGUAGAAAGCGACUCCUUAGAUAGCAUGAAUUUUUUCCAUUGAUUUUGAAUGCCCUUGAAAGUGUAAUUAUAUUUAGUGGGAAACAUGCAUAAAAAUAUUCAUUCUUUUACUUAUUUGGCGGAAAGUUGCGUUUUAAAAAAACUUUUCCAAUUCCUGAAUAAUUUUGAACCCGACCCGCCGUUACGUUUGUAUUCAAGGUUUCAGAACUACAAGGUGUGCAGUUUCAGUGUACGAAAAAUCCAUACGAUAGUAAGAGGAGACAAUUUAGAGUUCAUAAACUUCAACAGUGGAUCCGACCCAUAUUGUGAACUUUACAAGAAACAUCAGUAAAUGCACAGACACGAUGUUUUAUGAACGAGAAUUUCACGGCCUUAAAAAUCUCAUAAUUAGAUACUUUCUUAAAACUUAAUUAUACCCCUCCUUCAAGUAUAAAAUGUUAAGAAGACGCAAUCUUCUACCAAUAGAGUAAAAGAACGAAUGCUUUUAUGCAUGCUUUCUAUGAAAUAUUUUUGAAUUUAUAGGAGCAAGUAGCCAUUAUUUACAGAGCGCAGUUUUUCAGGCGGCCGGAAGGAAGUUCAUUCGAAAGCCUGCAUCUUGGGCUACACGGUGAUGAGCAUUACAACCAUAUUUUUGAGUCGGAAACACAUUUGAGAAUUUCGGUUGACAUCUCAUGAGUUAGCACGCCCACUGUAGCAGCUAGCGUCUGCCAGUUUGGGUUGAACUUUCUGACAGAGUGGACAGAGGGGUGCGAAUGACAUACAGUAGAUGGGCCAACUCAUGAAAUUUCAACCAAAAUUCCAAAAUGCGCUUUCGUUUCGAAAAGAUUAAUUACUUAGGGUUGUAAAACUAGUCAGCCAGCAACAUAAUUCUAUAAUAUUUCAGUUACCUCAGGAUGCCGGCUUUCGAACUAACAUCUUUCUGGCUGUAUCCAAAAACUAGACUGUAAAAAUGACUACUUAAGUAGCAUGAAUUUUUAUCAUUGAUUUUCGAUGUCUCCAAAUGUCCAAUUAUAUUUCAUGCAAAAUAUGCAUGAAAAUAUUCAUUCUCCCGCUCAUUCGGUAGAAAAUUAGGUCUUCUUUCAAGUUUGUACUCGAAGGAAGGGCAUUAUUCGGUUUUAAAAAAGUUUCUAAUUGUGUGACUUUUUAAUACCGUGAAAUGGCCGUUCACAAAUGGUCAUGUCUCUGCGUUUACUCACGUGGCUUGUAAAGUUAACAAUAUGAGUCAAAUCCACUGCUAAAUUUUAUGAACCCUAUAUGGUCCCCCUUUAUUACCGUAGAGAAAUGUGUGGUUUUUCGUACGCGAAAAAUAUACGGCUUGUAGUUUGGAAACCCUGAAGCCAAGUGUAAGGGUACAACAGGUUCAAAAUUAUUCGGGAAUUGGAAAAGUUUUUAAAAACCGAAUUAUACCUUUCCUUCGAGUAUAACAUUGGAAGAAGACGUAAUUUUCUACCGAAUGAGUAAAAGAAUGAAUACUUUUGUGCAUGUUUUCCGUAAACUAUAAUUGAAUUUUUAAGGGCAUCGAAAAUCAAUGGGAAAAUUGCAUGCUACUUAAGUAGUCAUUUUUUGCAGAGUGCCGUUCUUGCAUGCCAUCGAAAAUAAGUUCAUUCGAAAGAAGACACCCUGUGGCAACUGGACCAUUAUAGAAUUAUGCUGCAUGAUGACUAGUUUUACAACCAUACUUUUUAAAAACCGAAUUAUCUCCCUCCUUCGAGUAUAAAACUAGAAGAAGACGUCAUUUUCUACCGAAUGAGCAAAAGAAUGAAUAUUUUUAUGCAUGUUUUCAAUAAAAUAUAAUUGGGAUGUACUUCAUUCGCACUCCUCUGUCCGCUCUGUCAGGAAGUGCAAUCCAAACUGGUAAACUCAUGAGAUGUCAACCGAAAUUCUUAAACGUGUUCCCGACUCAAAAAUUUUGAGGAAAUUAAAAAAGCAACAGCAACAACCGGCUUGUUAUCGAAUCCGAAAUUGGAUGGACAAGAUGAUCAUUAGGCUGUUCAUACAAAAGCCUCCCGCAGGCCUUAUCUGGCCAUUUGGCCGAGUUUACUCCGAUUUCAAAUGUUGUGACGAAGGCAAGCGAAGGCAGGGCGCGCAAGUUUGAUCCAAUUUCCGAUCUCGUCUUAACCAUGCGCGCUUGUGACGAAAACUUCGACCCACGGUGGUAGAUGUCCAUUAGUCAGAGAGCUCGAAUAACGGUGAAAGCCGAAAGGUCAAACUAAGAAAGCGUGAACAAUCCUGGCGCGCACACAUGUUCUGCUGUUGGUGCCUUAUUUGAUACCCUGAGACCUCUCUCUCACACACACUACACCUUUUCUGACGAGUCACAACCCAUCGACUGCGUCCUCUUUAUUCACCAGUGUAGACGACUCGGCUCUGUGCUGUUUUGACCUGAAGGCGAAUUCGCCCGUUAUGCCCGUAUUGUUCCAACUCAGCCUUUAUGUUGAGAUACGCAAUUGAUGACGGGAGUGGGCGUAAUUGAAAAUUAAAUUCGGUAACAAUCGGGAGAUGGCACCCAAAAAAUCCGUUACUUAGAAAUAAUAACUUUAACAGGGGACUCAAACGCCCUCAGGCUAUAUCAGCGGUUGCAGGCCUACUUUCACGCACUACUUGGACUUUUCCCGACGGCCUAACAUGGGCUGGCCGAACGAACAUCGCAGGUGGUUAUAUGGACGAUGGUCGCUGUUACCCAAUCUUCCUCGUCGUUACACACGUACACCUGAAUAUACGGCAUACAUUCGCAUUAUGGCAAUUUAUUACAAAACAAAAUCACUUUUAAAUAGGAUAAGUCUGCACAACAUGGGACAGGAACUGUUCCCAGGCAUCCGUCAAAGACAUGGCAUUGAGGCCAAACCAAAGACGAUGCUGUACUUCGUCUAUGGGAGCGCACACAGCUCGAUCACAUACAGGGCCUCCCUCGUAGAGUUUCCUUUUCAGUCUGUUCAAGUAUGCCUCAAUGGCAUUGGUGUGCCGUCCGGUGGUAGGGUCCUUGAGGUUGUUUGAGUGGUUAACAGAGAAAUGUAGAAAACCUUCUGAGGGAAGACGAUUAUACGCCUUCCACUCGUCCGCUACCACUAUACUGCCUUUGGCGACCCAUUUUCUAAUAGCGGAACGGAGAGCGGGCCAACUUCGAUCAUUCACCUGUUCAAAUAAGGCUUUCUGUCGGCUAGUUUCAUACAUCCCGACCAGCCAUUACCCAUAAAACCCCUAUUACUACCUGUCCCGUAAGACAGGCUGCUUUCGUUUGGCGGAUUUUUUUGGGUGCCAUCUCCCGGUUGUUACCUUAAAUUCGAGCUUUUCUCCGGUCCUGCGGUUUUCGUGGCCAGUUCAACGCAUUCUGAAGUCUAUUGCGUACUGACUGCAGUAGGAGGCGAUCAUUUCUGACGCGCUUAACAUUCUCUAAGUCGUAAUAUUUGUUGCUGCAAGUCCAAGUCUGACGGUCGCUCCCAUGCAUCCGAUGUCUACACACCGCCGCUUGUGUUGUGCGCCUUCUAUCGGUGGUGGCAACGUCUUGAGCGCUGUAAACGGCCCCUUGACCCCUAGUGAGUUCGCGAGGAGACUGAAUCCAACCAACACCUGCCACGCACACACCUAAUAGCGUGCUUGCGCAAUAACUAGUGCAAAAGUGACCCAAAAGCAUCAGCCAGCGUCUGUUUGUCUGCUAAUCCUGUGCCCUUCGCUCUCGUCUGAUUUUUCGUGUCCAUUGGCCUACCUUUUGGUCAAGUUGUUUGACUCAAACCCCGUAUAUAUUUUCGAAGGGGUUAUUGCAGGCUGACCGCCAGUCCCGAAAAGGGCCAAGUUAGUUAGCCUCCCAGUUGGCAGUCAUUCAAGCCAUGACUGUCUAAUAUGCAGGGCAGAUUUUAGCUUCAAAACAUCUCCAUCGCUUCAAUGCGGCGUCUUGCAUUCCAAAUAUAUGCUACAUUUGUUCAAAUCGCUGAUUAUCAUUCAAUCGGCAGAGCGCCACCCUUGUUUCGAGUGCUAAAGUAAAAGUCUGACUGAAGUGUGCAGGACACUGCGAUUCCCUGUAUUCCAUAGAUAUUUUGGCAGAUUUUGAAUAAUUCAUAUUGACCCAACUGUGGAAAACUCGGCGCCUCGGUGGGAUUCGAACCCACGCAGUAAGAGGAAGACUUUAUUACAGCCAACGCUCUAACCGCUUGAGCUACGAGGCCCCACCGAGGCGCCGAGUUUUUCACAGUUUGGUCCAUAUGAAUUAUUAAAAAUCUGCCAAAGCAUCUAUGAAUUACGUGAGCGUGGUAGUCAUCUGGUGGAUUCUAGGCGAGUUAUUUAGGGAGUCCUGCUUGGGCAGUCAACUAACUGCAUCAGCUUUGGUGGAUUCCAGACGUUGCAGUAGGCUGAGCGGGUAACUUGACCCAAAUGUGACUAAACUCGCGUCGUCCGGCGGGGCCUCGUAGCUCAAGUGGUUAGAGCGUUGGCUGUACUAAAGCCUUCUCCUUACUGCGUGGGUUUGAAUCCCACCGAGGCGCCGAGUUUUCCACAGUUGGGUCAGUAUCAAUUAUUCCCUGUAUUGUCUCUGCGCAGGUAGCCUUAUGUCUUUAGUUGCCACAUAACCGAAAUUGACUUGUUCAACCGUAAGGGAGGAUGGAAGAACGCUUGCAGAAUGGAAUACGAAGUAUGUUCUGAGUUCCAGCCAAUCGUUACAUGAGCUAUCCGAGAUGAUAAGGGACUCAGUCCACAAUGGUCGCUUAUGGCCUACUCUUCUUUAUCUUUUCGGAUCGGUGAGCACACGCCUCCGCCAUUGUAUAUUUCCGAUCGAAGCCGACAGGACAACGGGCCCGUGGCUCAGUGGUUAGAGGCGUUGGACUUCUGACUAACAGGUCGCCAGUUCGAGCCUCGGGUGUUCCACACUUCGGGGUUGGCUGACGACGGCUAAUGAACCACAAAUGGCCAUUCCAAUCUCCCUUGUGUUUGUCGGUAAUACUAUUCUGCCUAUAUCAUGCGCCGCACUACGGCUGCUGGUUGGGCUCGAGAGAGAGUCCGUAAGGCACAACGGAACGAGUGAGUUCCGUAAGAACGAUCGGUGAGCGCCCCAUACCAUUAUACUACUCCGUUGUUGAUUGCUCGUCGCUACGCCACGUACAUGUGCCAGUGAAGGGCACCCUAAGGGACUACACUGGGCGCGUGUACAGUUCCGCAAUCGGGCCGAAUCCAUGGGCUGGUAGGGCACUGGACCCAAUAACCGACUAGAGCUGGGUAUGACAGGCUCCUGACAGCAAACAGGACAGAAAUAGCCAUCCGAGUGUCCCAAGGCCACUGAAAACCAAAUUGAGAGCUAACGCCAUUUCUCCGCACCGCUGCAGCGUGUUCGGCCAUUCGGAUUCACAGCUGUCUUCCCGUAUCUGCUUUUGUCAAUGAUGAUGGUUUCCAGCAGGAAUCCGAAACAUCAGGCUAAUAAAGCUCUUGUCCCAUCGAUUGUGUCUCCUUCGGGAUAUUUUUAUGCAUGUUUUCUGUGAAAUAUAGUUGAAUUGGUAAGGGCGUAGAAAAUCAAUGAGAACAAUGCAUGCUACUUAAGCAGUCCUUUUUUACAGUGUAUAGUUUUUGCAUGCGGCCGUGAAGAAGUUCGUUCGAAAACCGGCUUCCUGGGGUAACUGAAUUAUUAUAUAAUCAUGCUGCAUGAUGAUUAGUUUUACAGAUCUGCCUAAUUAAUUUUUUUCGAAAUGAAAACCCAUUUCUGAAUUUUGGUUGACAUUUCAUGAGUUGGCCCACCUACUGUGCAUGUGCCCUUGAAUGGAACCCCAAGGGACGACGCUAGGCGCGUUCACAGUUCCGCAAUCGGGCCGAAUCCAUGGGCCUCACGCCUACAUGACUGACUGUUCUCGAUGGCUGCCGGCAGAAUAUAGGCUGGUAGAGCACCCGGACCCAAUAAUCGACUAGAGCCGGGUAUGACGGGCUUGUGACAACAAAGAGGACAGAAAUGACCAUCCACGUCCACUGACUCUCUCACCUACUUGACCUUGCCCUCUUCACUGUCUUGCAGGCUUCACUCACGAAUUGGGCGCCUUUCAAGUAAACUUCCACACGAGCAAUUCGGACAGCGGCGGUAGCGUCGGCGGCAAAACCCUGCACCAGAGUCACCUCUCAGGAUACUGUCCCCGAGAGGACGCCCUUCUGCCCUCCAUCGUCUCCGCGCUGGCCUUCAAGAAUCGCGACUCUCCGCUCAUCUACCUCAUGGAGAAGCAGCGUUUUGACUCCGCCUUCAUCCCGCCCAGCCAACCCAACCUCUGGGUAGCCGAGGUGACCGUUCAGCCAGAAGAGGCCGGUCCGGCCGACUCGCCGCUACCGCCACCCAUGACCGCGCUGGAGGUGGAGUUUGUAAGCCAGGCCUCCACCUCCUCGGAUGCUAUACCGCUGAUUGGAAGUCACUUUGACGAACAACUGGCUAAUUUCUCAGCCGCCUUUCAGGCCAAAUUCCAGGCUCGUUUUCCUGUCUAUGGGCUCAGACACUCGGAGGCCGAGGUGAGUGUCGUCGUUUUGAUGAUCACAAUAGUGAUGCUUGCAGCAGCGGCACUGGUAGCAGUAGUAGUAGUAGUAGUAGUAGUAGUAGUAGUAGUAGUAGUAGUAGUAGUAGUAGUAGUAGGAGUAUUAGUAAUAGCAAUAAUAAUAGUAGCAGUAGGGAUAGUAGUAGUGACAGUAGUGGGAGUAGCGGUGGUAAUAAUAAUGAUAGUUGCAGUAGAAAUAGUAGUAGCAAUGGCAGUAGUGGAAGUAGCAGUAGUAAUAGUCGCAGUAGCAAUAGUAGUGGUAAUGGCGGUAGUGAUAGUAGUAGUGGUGGUGGUAGUAGUAGUAGUAGUAGUAGUAGUAAUAGUAAUUGUGUUAAUGGCAGUGGUUUUAUCGAUAGUAGUGGUGGUUGUGGUGAUAUUAGUAGUGGCGAUGGUAUUAGUAAUAUUAGUAGUGGUGGUAGUAGUAGCAGUGAUAGCAGUGGUGGUAGUAGUAAUGAUAAUAGUGGUGGUCGUAGUAGUAGUAGUAGUAGUAGUAGUAGUAGCCCGGUGUGCGCUGGCAGUUCCCUGACACCUGGCUCCCUGUCGGUAGAUGCGCUUGCGCUCCAGCUGGAUAUACAGGUCUUGAGUAUGACUGCCCAGUAAUCCCCGUCGUCCAUCUGACCCGUUAUGGUGCUGUUGUUGGUUAAAAUUUUGGUCAGGUAUUUGUUGUGUGGACCAGGUGUGGUGGUACGCCUAGCUGCGGGUCCGUCCGUGCCAGCCACUUGCACCCUCUCCGCCUCCGGUCUUAUUGGCUCCGUUUUGACACCGGGUCCAAGUGGGGGAGGAGUGGAAGGUGCGGUUGGUGCUGCGCAAGUCACCGUGCCUGCCCCACCUCGCUGUGGAACACGCGAUGGACAUCGUCGAGUACGACAUUAGAACUGUCGCAUAACGCACUAUUAUCGGCGUUAACAUGCCUCUGUCUCUGAUGAUGGGUUCAAGUGAUAGUCCGAAACGUCAGGCGAAUGAAGCCCUUGUUCCGGUGAUCACUUCUUCUUCCGAUCAAGUAGAAAUAAGCCUAUCAACGACAGCUUCCGUUUCCUAAUUGCUUGCGUGUCGAACAUUUACAACCCCUGUUUAUGAUGAAAUGCCCUCAUUCAUCCACAGUAAGUGACGGUUAGAAAGAAUUACUUAGGUGAGAUUGUAAUAUUGGUUAUCAUGUAGCAUAAUCCCCAAGAUAUUUCAGGCAAGCCAGGAUGCCGAUUUUAGAAUGUGCGUUUUUCUGGCUGUUUACAAAAAGUAAACUCGCCAAAAAUGCUUACUUAAUUAGUAGGCGCUUUUUCCGUUGCUUUUCGAUGCCUUUAUAAAUCCGAAAACAUUUUAUGAAGGACGCACGAAAAUAUUCCUAGUACUGAUUUUUCAAAAAAAAUUACGUCUUUUUCAAAUUUUUCACGGGAAGAAACGGCAUUGUUUGGUGUAAAAAGGUUGCAGUCUUGAAGUCUAUUGCAACCCUGAAGUCCGUUUAGAUAGCAUCGCAUCUAUCGGUUUAUAAAUACGACGCGGUGCAUGUUCAUCAUAAAAUUUGGCGAGGUUUGGUUCUGCAGCCCCACAUGAGUAAUAACAUAUGGUUAGCUUCUUAAAAAAUUUUAGUAGAUGCGAAUAUGCUGACUUUACAAAUAUCACUUAUUUGCAUCUUCCUUACCAUUUAAGUCCAGCGAGUGACUGUGCCACGCGGGGGGAAGUGCUUAUACGCCAGCCUCGGUUACUUCAGGUAUCAGUUCACACGCGAGUGGCUAAGCUCGGUUUGUUAACUAAUAUUGUUUCAUUAAGCUAACCAUAUGGUAUCAAUCAAGCGGGGCUGCAGAACCAAGCCUCACCCAAAAUUAUAUGGGCCCAACACGACAUCUUAGUCGCAUCGAGGAAUGCAUGAUUCCCCCAGCGAUGGAAAGUGUACAGCUUAUGAUAUGGAAACCCUAAAAACAGAUGUAUCGACAGGUUGGGAUUCAAAGUUAUCCUGGAAUUGAAAAAAAGAUUUAAACCGAAAGAUACCGUUUCUUCGAGAAAGAAUUUGAAGAGGGAGGAAUUUUGUUCAAAGUGACCUCAAGAACGGAGAUUUCGGUCCACGCUUUCGGGGAAAAAUGCUUUGAUUUUUGUGGUCGUCCAAAUUAAAUAGAAAAAAACGCAUGCUGAUUAAGAAGGCACUUUUAACAAGUGCAGUUUUUGCAGGCAGCCGCAGAGACGUGCACUCAAACGCCCGCUAGAUUGAAAUAUAUUGAACGUAUGCUGUGGCGUGCAUUCUACCCUGGGGGCAGAUUUCAGACUUUCAGUUAGUGUGCCAUGAGUUAGCUCAUCCACUGCACCGCCUCGUUCUCCACUGGGAAGUGGCCCGUUUUGCAGGAGGCAUUUGUUUGGGCUGUUGCCGACGUCGUCACCUCACUGCGCGCUCGACCUGCUCACCAGCGCUGGCGGCCGUGUCGAGGCGGCGGCGGCGACUGCAGGCGGGUGAUGAGUCAUCAUCAUCAUCCUCCUCAAACGGGCAGAUCUGUCCCCGCCCGCCUAGCGUUUGGUGGCUGUAAAAGCCCCAAGCUGACAUUUCGCCCUGGGAUAAAGACAGGUGGGGGAAGUGUCGGCGGGGAUGUUGUUGCUGUUGCUUUUGUUGUUGUUGUUAUUGGUGGCGGCGGCGGCGGCGGUGACCUGACUUUGAGAGGAGGAUGCUACUGGAAGCGAAGAGACGAGUUCCAGGAAGCAGUCGUGGAGAAUGAGACACGAUCGCUGAGGCAAGAGCUUUAUUCGCCACUUGGGGUUGGAGUGGCACACAGACCGGAGGCAACCAUCAGACGUCUGAUCAUGAAACCGAAAGACCCACUGCCACGGUAAGAAACGUCUGGAGUCGUUUAUCGGAUCUGGUACAGUUGCGGACAAAGCAACUACGUCGGGGAAACCGGAAGCCUCUCUGCGGAGAAAUGACGCCAACUCUCAAGUUACGACUCAUUCGACGAGAUCCGGCCACACAUUCAAAUUCGAGGAGGCCGAAAUUCUCGCUAGAGGUGACAACCGCGCGAGCCGCGAGUUGCUUGAGUCAUGGUUCACUGGCUCCCCAGUCCAUUAACAAGUUCAACAACCUUUCCCUCCCAUACUCUGUGCUGAGACUUCGCCUAGGCGGAGUAAUUAACCAGGCUGGGAGCGCACAGGUCAGAUGGUAGAGCAAUCGUCACACCAACAUCCAACACACGUGAUGAAAUUGCAGCAGUUAACUAUGCGAAUGUCGGCCAUCAAACAAUUAGCACACCAAGUGCGACGAUCCCGGAUGAAGGGGGAGGGCCGUGAAUAUUCAUAGGUAUGCGGUAGCAUGGCGACAGCAUCCUAUAAAUACUGCAACCCCUUGCGCAUGAACCACCCGUAUCUGCUGUUGUCUCUGAUGAUGGGUUCGAGCAGGAAUCCGAAACGUCAGGCUAAUAAAGCUCUUGUCCCAGCGAUCGUGUCUCUUCUUCUCCAUCAUCUCCAACCAGUGCCGGGCCGUGGUUUUUGCACGUCCACCACCGUCAGGACAUUCCUUUUCGGUAGUCCAGGCGACACCUUGAAGUGCUUCCCCUGAUCCUGACUGAUCGAUCCGGCCUUGGUGGCGUCUUGAGUAGAGGCGCUUCCAUAUGUUACCACCUGCUGAUCUCAGUUCACCAAUGACAGCUAGAAAGUGACCAAAAAACACCUAGGAACCUCUGCCUGCCCCUCUUAUGGUCGAAGGAGAGGUUUUCUUACUUGCAACAGUCCAGAAUCGAAUAUUUGGAAAGAGCUUCUAUACGUGUUUAUACUACUUGUAAUUAGUAAGUAACGGAUAGUGAUUGAGAUUUUGCGACCAGCUAACAUCUGUCCGCGGUUAUGUACAAAAUCCCUCUUUCACCUUCCCACUUAUUACUGUUUUUCUCCGACGACUUGUAACCAAUAGGGAGUUCAAAGGCGCUCGCCUAUAUUUCCCUUAAUAAACUGAAACUGAAACCACCGAUUUAGAGGCCCUGAGGAACGAUUUUGAACUUUCGCGUAAGGAAUUUGCUGAGACUGGAGCUACGAAAGAGCGGGGGCAAGCCCCUAUUUCGUAGCCGUACUUCUUAGGGGUUAGGUGUCAGGGUUAGGAGUUAGGGAUCAAGGUUAGGGGUUCUCGAGUCUGUCUUGACGCCUGAACGAGGGCGGGGAUGGGGAGAAGAGAGUGCAAAGAUGCAGUACAAGUUACAGCCCCUGUGCCUACCCUGUUGUGAAGCCCACAGUGGACAUCGUCGGAAACGACGGUCGAAAUGUCACUUAAUAACUGUUUAUUCCGUUUUCUCCCGCAACACAUACACACCGGACUGCGCGUCUCUAAGGAAACUAGUUGUGGUGGUGGUGGGAGUCGUGAGCUGGUAAUCACCUGCUAGAGGCAACGGAGACAGCAGUAUAUUGGCGACCCCUACCGUCAGUUGGCUUAUUUUGAGAUCGGUGUGUACCAGUCCCAGCCGGAGUACUCCACACUUUACUCCGACACUAACGGACUAGCGUUGAAGCGCUGAUGGAACCUUGGUCUUCCGCUGAUUCCGACACAAGCUGGUCAUUUUGCCAUCAUUUUCUGCCUUCGAUCGCAGAUAUUGGUGGUAUAGCUGAUUGAAUGAGACAUGAAUAAGCCUGAAAUAGUUGCUGUUUCGGUCUCUCUUGCCUUCGUUGGCACAGUUAAGAGUAGUCGUUAAUAUAAUGUUUGUGCUCCUAUAUUCUCGGAUCUGACUGCUUGCUUUGCACAUUAGUUUACGCUGAGUGUUUCGCCUUUUGAAAGUGCACCCUAUUCUGAACGGUCUCCGGGCUGCACACCUUGAGGACGCUUGUUUUGAUAUACUCCCUUUCCCCCCCCCCUCUUCAGCUCGCCUUGUCCAGGUCCGCCCUGAGCAAUCUGCUCGGUGGGAUCGGCUACUUCUACGGCAGCUCGAUUAUACAGUCUCCGCUGCUGGGGCCCGAUCCGCUUGACUACGGGCCCGCCAGUCUCUACACGGCGACUCCCUCGCGUCAGCAGUUUCCGCGCGGUUUCCUCUGGGAUGAGGGCUUCCACGGCCUGUUGUUGGCCCAAUGGGAUGUGGAGAUGGCUUUGCAGUCGCUGAGCCAUUGGCUUGACCUCAUGAAUGCCGAGGGUUGGAUCCCACGGGAGCAGAUUCUGGGCUGGGAGGCCCGCGCGCGUGUGCCGGCCGAAUUUGUUGUCCAGUCUACGAGUGUGGCCAAUCCGCCUACCUUGAUGCUUGUUGUGGAGGUGCGUCUCUUCAUUUUCACAUCUCGAAUCAUGCAUGGUCUGUCCGGUGAUAUGUGACACACUGUGUGAAAUUCUUGGUCUCUCUCUCUCUCAUUGAAUCACCUCCACUUCCAUAGCCCAUCAGUAACCAUUAUCGCAGUCCCACAGUCAGUCCUAUUGACCUUUCAAUUCUCCGAAUGCAGGCGCUGGGGACCUUUAAAACUAGCAGUAAAGGUCUAUGAUCUUAGUUUCUAACUUGCUACAAAACACGUACCGAACUACCGUUAAUACUGAUGCCGUCGCCUUGUCGGUUGGUACUCCAAGGGGUAGCACUUACGGCCGACUUUCUCUGCCAUUAGUCGGAACGUUCUUGUCACAGAUUAUACACCUGGGAUUCGAACCCAGGAUCUUUGGUCAUGGAGUCGAACGCUCUACCUAUGAGUCACGGGCUCGUUGUCCUGUCGGUUUUGAUCGGCAAAUGACGGCUAGUAAGCCGGAAAUGGCCAGUCCGGUCUACCUUGUCUUUGUCGUUAUCAUCUCAUUUACUUCUACUACUAGUUACUGUGCGACUGUCUGCGAUGGUUCUAGUAUGAGCCUCAAGGCACAACGAAACGAGCAUGUUCCGUAACCUGAUCGAUGAGCGCCCAUCUACCGCGCAUUAUACAGUUUGUAACGAAGCUAACUAGCGAAAGUCAGACCUAGAUUCAGGAGGAGCGCUAAGAGGUCAGACGGGAUGGUUUGCUGUUUCUACCUCGACUCUUUCCUACUACUUAAUAUGAUCUUUAAGGCACUCUCGCCUGUGCGACGCCCUGGCCACCCAGAGCGAGGACGAGUCAUUUAACUCUGUCGGCCGCUGCACUCGUGCCUUUCCCCCCCCCCCCCCUUCUCGGUCGUCGGGACUUCUUUAUAUUGGGGACGACGAGUGAAGAAAGGGAGCGUGAUAGAUGCUACGCAAGUCCGCCCCGAUCUAAACUGAUUCACGCGUAAAUCACCACGACUGCACCCCAUCUCUUGGGCUGCAGUGGACAUCGUUCACGAGGGUCAAACUGACAUCUCCCUCGUCAGCUAGAAUCGAACGAUGUCAAGUAAGCCCUAAAGGCAACCCCACCAUCUCUAUUGCCUCUGGUAGUACCUCUCGAUAGGACUGUACGGAUGACCGCGCAGGUGACUCAUGGUCGUGAAACCUAAAAACUUCUUUGAAUUAACGACCAUGAGUCACCUACGCGAUCAUCCGUACAAAGUCAAGCGGGAGCGUACACGCCUAGGCCAUCGGAAGUUUUCCUUCAGCCAGUGUGUUGUUCGACCGUGGAACAACUCACUCCCACUUGAAAUAGUGACAUCUGAUACAAUGGCUGUAGUCAAAAGGCAGCUGGAUCGUUUGAUCUUUGAUAAACGACGACUCUGCAGAACUAUCUGCGGCCAGCCAUAAAUUUUAUUUCUUGAUUUCAUCUCUAUGUAGCACAUCCCUGACGUUUCAUGAAAUUUUUCCUCUUAAACUACGCAAAUGACCGCACUUUAUGCUUAUUGCAUGUAAUCGCACUUAAAAUUUCAUAUGUACAUUGAAAAGACCGCUUGUCUCACCCUUCGCAAUCCUGCACGGUAAAAACGUCUUCUGUAAGAAAAUAUGUUACUGGCAAAAGUUUAGCAAGAUGUGCAUUUAACAUUUGUAUUGUAUGUACCGUUUUCAAUAGGGUCAUCAAGGGCAUUGCCUAUUACCCCUAUACAGGACGUUUUGUCUACCAAAUCUGGCAGAAUUUCGACCUUAAAGCGCAAGUCGGUCCUAGUCCUCGUAAAUCUGCUAUUGUCUAUUUACCCAUUUUGUCUUUACUUCUCCAGCUAAAAGGAUUCCUUAAUAACCGUGCGAUUGUUCUUUUGCGCUUCUUGAUUGGGGUUUUUUAUGCUCUUGUUUCACACUUUUAAUCGCCCCCAGGCGUUACUGCAGCGGUUACCUACCAUGUCUCCCGCCGACUCAGAACUCUUCGCAAAGUGGGCCACCAAUGCGUUUCCUCGACUGCAUAGCUGGUUUGUGUGGUUUAAUACCACCCAGGUCGGUAACUUGCCAACCACCUACCGAUGGCGCGGCCGGCCCUCUGAUAAUCCAUUCCAACUCAACCCCUUGACACUGAGCUCAGGUAAGAUUUGAAUGCAUGUACUACCGAUUAAUAUAUAGUAGCAAUGUAUUUUCGAACUUAAUUUACUGUCACCAGUUCCGUUUGCUCCACCCCAGGCCUGGAUGAUUUCCCACGAGCUUCGCAUCCCACGCCCGAGGAACGUCAUCUAGAUCUGCGAUGUUGGAUGGCUUUAUUUGCACGUGUCCUCAGUCAAUUGGCCAACUUUGUUGUGUCGGUCUCUCAACAGCAAUUAUCCAAGCCCCCACCCCCUGUCCUGGAUGCCCUCCACCUGCGUCACGCCUAUGCUGCCUGGUCGGCCACCUUGACUGAUCCGGACUUGCUGGAUCGCCUUCACUGGUCUGAUCGGAAUACCAUGUUUGCUGACUAUGGUCUGCACACAGACGCUGUGGGCCUUACUCGCCCACCGGUCUCUGGGACGGGCCCCACGCCUGAAAAUCCCGUAAGUGUCGGAAUAUUCUUUUGUCCCCCAGUUCGCACGUGACUACUUUAGUCUCCAUCACCCUGAAGAGUAUUUUUUUCGCGCAUACUAAACUCCCUUGAAUGGCCCAGGUGCCAACUCUCGUCCCCUCCCCCCUCUCCUGAGGUUGUGGCGGUCAAGGAUGUGAGAUCGACUUAAACCACGCACAAUAAGUUCGUUUCGUCUACUGUCAGAAGUCAGGGAGCUGUGAGGACUAGUUUAUUCUGUACACAGGGCGGGUUGCUGUAAGUUGGCGGUUUGCUUGCAACAGAGAAAAGCGUCCGUUCACGGAGAGCGUCAGUCGCGGUGUGUGUUGUUUACGCGGGUGAGUGUCUAGGUCAGCAGGAGGGAGUGACUGUCUGAGUGGUGGUCGUGUGAUUGGACAAAUUAGAGGACGAAUGGAGGGCGCAUACUCACAAGGCCUCACGGGAAUCAAGUUAGAGCGUUCGACGCGCGUUAGGUGAUACUAGUUUGUGAGGGCAGCCGGGAGUCGCUGCAGCUGGACCGGAGGCGUCCCAGUUCCAGCCGGCGGGGGUGGUCGUGCGUCAGCGGCCUGUCAGUGCUUGUCACGGCCAUCGACCGACAAAACGGAGCCGGAGAAAAGGGUGGCUGGAGCGACUGCUACAAGGUCGCUAACAGCUUUCGAGGUAAUACACUAACCUAGUGGUCUCGUAAACUACUGAGAGUUACAAUGGGCGAAUACCGCUCCCGGUAAUGUUUAACCUCAUUGUUAGGUAUGACCCUAGACUUUCUUUACGCACCUGAGACCGAUGAGCGUACUUCCGGCUACUUCGCUUGCAUGGGACGAUAAAGCCGUCGCGGAGAAGGAGACACGAUCGCUGGAACAAGUGCUUUAUUAGCCUGACGUUUCGGAUUCUCACUCGAAUCCAUCAUGAGACAGAAGCAGAUUCUGUCUCUGAUGGUGAAUUCGAGUGAGAAUCCGAAAUGUCAAGCUAAUAAAGCACUUGCUCCAGCGAUCGUUUCUCCGCCGCGACUACUUCCUGGAACUCGCUUCUUCGCUUCUCUUAGCGAUCAAGCCGUGUCGGAUGUUACGUCUAAUCCAUUGGCUAUUAUUGGCCGAAUGUCUCACCUUGGUACCGUACGUGUGAUCCAGGGCAACGACGUAGCAAAUACGGAGCCUGCGCGUGAUUCUGUAGUUGAGUUGAUAAGGUUGACAUCUGUUUGCCUUUAACCUGUCAACGAUGGUAAUUCACUUACUGAUGAGAGUGUUGUAAUCGUGGACUACUGUUAGCGCCUCACCGCGCGACCACCUAUGCCAGCGGCGAAGAUUUAGUACCAUAAAUCCAAGCACCACCCACUCAUCUUUUCGGACUGUGUUGAGCCAGAUUUCGAGCUAAUUGCUGGUGAGAUGGUGGUAUCAGACUCAGGACAGUAGGGAGACACCUCUGCUGUCUUUCUUGAAUGUUCUGAGGCAUCCUCACUGUGUUGCCAAAUCGAGGGCUGUUCGGGACGAGUCUGUGUACUUAACCCAUAGCAGCCCAGUCAGGUGACGUGAGCUGGCAACUGGGCCCGCCAGAAUCGAAUAUGAUCCCUGUUUCGGUUCUGCGCAUCUACCGCAUGGUCCGUUCGGGCGCCCGUUCAGGGCACUCCCACCAACGGUGAGAACUCUCCCGACACCCGCAAGUUUUGUCCUGCACACUCGAGGCCAGACCUUUGCGACCGUAGAAGACUGCGAACUGAUGUCUGGCACACAGAUUCAAGCUUCCAGAGGUUGAAGGAAGCAAGUCAGAGAGACCUCUUUUCUUCCUUUUCUUUUCGUCACUAACUCGUGCGUACUUUCCGUGUAGCCUCAGAAACGUCGCCACGUGUCCGCCGAGCCACGCUACCAAUACGUCACUUCGGCCCUUGGCUACGCCAGCCUCUUCCCCCUCCUGCUGCGGAUCCUGCCUCCCGACUCGCCCCGCUUGCCCGCCCUCCUCGACGCCAUGAGUCGCGCGGACCUGCUCUCUUCGCCCCACGGCCUACGCUCCCUGGCAGCCAACUCUCCCUACUACCGACGCCCCAACACUGAGCACGAUCCGCCCUACUGGCGCGGCGCCAUUUGGCUCAAUAUGAACUAUCUGGCUCUACAGUCUCUGCGUUAUUACGCCCGCGAGCCGGGCACCCCCUUCCCCGUGGCACAACGUGCAGAGGACAUCUCACGCAACCUGACUGCCUCCCUCCUCUCCACCGUGCUCGGCGAGUUCAACAGAACGGGAUUUCUGUGGGAACAGUACGACGAUAAGACCGGUUUUGGCCAACGGGCACACCCCUUUAGCGGAUGGACGGCACUCAUUAGUCUCGUUAUGCCCUAUGAUAGUGUUGCAUAA